AUGAUACUGUCUCUGAAUCUGAAAACAAUUCCAAAACUAUUACAUGUAUCCCAGCAAUAUAACGUGAGUCAUCAUAAAAAGCAUGGCCAACUUAAAUCCAUCCCACCACCUGAUGAUCCAUUUAUGCUCGUUGGAAUCGACUUUUGCGGUCCCUUUAAAAGGACUCCUCGUGAAAAUCUUAGUUUUCAUAAAAAGAUGCAUCAAGAUAACAAUCCUAAUCCUAACGAACAACAGUCGCCCCAACAUCAUACGUCUACAUCAUCACAAUAUCGUCUUCUAUAUCAUCAAAUUCAUAUUCGUCUAAUUCAAAUCGUUGUACCCAACAUCAAUCACGUAGUUAUGAUUCGUCAAAUAUGGAAGUAAGUCGAUCUCUGUCGAACCGUUCGACCUUGAUGUUAGCGCAAGCUGGCAACAGUUCGACUGAUGAUUUGACGAUACAGAAGACGAUAUUGUGAUGAUGUAGACGUAUGAUGUUGGGGCGACUGUUGUUCGUUAGGAUUAGGAUUGUUAUCUUGAUGCAUCUUUAUAUGAAAACUACUACAUAAAUAAAAUAAAUAAACGUAUGAUUAAACUAAAGUUCUAGCAUUCUGUCAUGAUCAGUUGCCAGAUAAUUGUAAGUCAUUCUCUGGAUAGCAUGGUCUCUUUUUUAAUCUCGACAUUUACUGAAGUCUUCUCUAUCCACUAAUUUAAUACAGUUGAUCAGAAAGUAUUAGAUCAGUUCCGAGUAUUAGAUCGUAGCGCACAAAAACCAACAAAACUGUAAGACCUGCAACAUAAGACGCCUCUGUCGCAUUUUCACUUUAAAGAUUGUUAGUUAUGGACGACAGAAAAGUUUAAAAAAGGAGUUCCGUAUAUACAUAAAAGAAAGAACAAACAUUUCACGACGAUGAUUGUAUUUAGUUUAAACUUUAUUUUCCUUGAAUAACAAGCAAAAGCAAAAACAGUACGAAAAAAGUAACAUGAAUCAUAGCUACAAGUAAAAAGCCAUUAUUUCAAUUACACAUCAGAACAUAGUUUCAUACAAAUCUUAUAUAUUCAUUUUUCUGAAGAAUAUUUAGAAACACAAACAUUAGAGUCAAUUUUCUUCAGAAAAAUGAAUGAAACUAAUCUGAGUCAUGAACAACAGUUCAAAACAAUUUUAUUUUUUUGACGCUACAUAUUCUUUUUCUAUUCUAAAAUAUCGUCUAUUAGAAUUAAUUAAAGUUUGUAUUUCAGAAACAUACUAUAACUAAGCCCAUCAGCUUUGAGAUGGCGGGGAAAAAUUCGGUAAAAAGUAUUUACCGGACCUUCGAUAAAAGAAUUAGCACCGCUACCGCGGUAAAUUUAGUACGCUAAAGAAUAUUUUACCGUUACCGCGGUAAAAAGGCUUUUACCGUUACCGACGGUAAAUUACCGAGUAGCGCACAUCCUUAGUGUAAACUUGGUAGAAAAGCAACGGACGAUAACAAAACAGUUGGACAAAUUUGUUUUAUUGGUUUCUCCAUCUGAUUUACAAAUUUCCACACAUAUUAUAUACUAGAUUGUAGACCCUUUUGCAGCUCUUUCAUUCCGUAUAUAAAUGUUAGGCACUCAUCAUUUGCUGACUACUAUCCGUUCCAAAAUACGAUGUCGUCGGUUACUUUUUGAAUAACUUUUGAUAGAAGCUAGACAAAGACCUGCGAUUUUCAGUUUUGAAAACUAGACACUUGAUUAACACCUGCCAAAUUACGUCGUCAUUUUGAAGUAAAUCACUCGGAAUAUAAAGACAAAUCAAUUGCUUAUUUUAAACGAAAACUUGAAGAACAGUACAAAGUUAAGCUUUACAUGACAAAAAAAUUUAAAAUCGACAACGAAAAUGCGACAGAGGUGUCUUACAGAGUGAGCUAUCGCAUAACACUUGCCGGAGAAGCACACACAACUGGCGAAACAGUGAUAAAACCAUGUGCAAAAGAUAUUGUUCGUGUGUGUUAAGUGAGGAGUCAUGUAAAAAAGUUGAAGCUGCGUCACUUUCAAACAACACUGUUUCGCGUCGUAUUCGUGAUCUCGCUGAUGAUAUCGAGACAGAACUUAUUUCUCGGCUACACCUGUGUGAUUCAUACUCACUGCAAUUAGACGAAUCGACUGAUGUUGCAGGUCAUGCAAUUUUGUUGAUUUUUGUGCGCUACGAUUUCGGUAAAUGUAUUGAAGAAGAUUUGCUUCUGUGCGAAAGUUUACAAAGUUUACAGGUGAGAAUAUAUUUGACUAUCGAUAAUUUUGUUGAAAAAACAUGGCAUAAGUUGGGAAAAAUGCAUUGAUGUGUGCAGUGAUGGCGCCAAGGUAAUGGUAGGAAAAGUGGCAGGAGCUGUAACACGCAUAAAGAAUGUAGCAAAGAACUGCACGAAUAGUCACUGUGUUCUUCACAGACAUGCAUUGGUAGCGAAAAAAAUGUCAGCCUCAUUUAAAACUGUGAGAAGCACCGAAGAUUAUCAGUUUUGUUAAAAGUCGCCCAUUACAAUCACGAUUAUUCAAAAUUUUAUGUGAAGAUAUGAGUAGCACUUACACAACCCUGCUUUUGCAUAAGGAAGUGCGAUGACUGUCGCGAGGUAAAAUCCUCGUUAGAUUGUUCGAAUUACGGCAAGAGCUAUUGGCAUAUUUUUUGGAUCACAAAGGCCGGGGGACGAUAAGACCGCAAAUCGGCCCACUACCAAAUCCAUUAUGCAGUAACUCAUCUAAUGCAGUUUUUCUUGCCCAUUAAACCUAUCAUAUUUUUAGACAAUCAAAAUCCUUUCCAACGCCCC